AUGACAAACAUGAAGAAAGCAUAUAGACCCCAGCCCAUAUUUGACAGAGGAGGCUUAGACAAGUUCAAAUUAUGUGCUUUCCAUAAUGGACCAGGGCAUACCACUGAUCAAUGUUGGGAUCUCAGAGAUGCUGUUGAAAAGUUUGUCAUAGAAAGAAAGCUGUGCCAAUAUGUCAUAAAGACGCAAAGAUCAACAAGUAACAAGAGGAAACCCGGCAACAGGAAUAAAAGCAAGAUCCCGACACUUAAAAAGAAAAAGAAAGAAGAUAGAAACACAAGAAACGAUUCCAACAACGACGAAUUCCUAGAAGCCGAGUUUAACUGCAAUGUGAUCAAUGAAGCCCUUGGAGGAGGGGGAGGCAUAGUAAGUGCCAGACGAAAAUAUCUCAGAGAUGUACUCUCAAUCAGAGAUCGUCCAAAAUUCAAAGAGGAUCCCAGUAAGCCAGAUCCUCCUUUACUCUACUUCACAAGGGAGAAUAUGCAAGGGGUCUUGCCAGGGCACGUUGAUGGUCUAGUUAUCACUGGAAUCCUGAUUAAUUGUCGGGUUAAAAAAAUCUUCAUUGAUGCGGGUAGCAAUGCCGAGAUCAUAUUAUAA